CCCGGAUACACAGAUCAUCUGUGGAGGGGAGUGUUGUAGGGGUUCAGCUCGCAACUUGUAGGUAAUUCAGCACCACGGGGGGAGGGACAGCUCCCGGUGUAUUCACGUUGCGCCGAUGCUAUAAAGACGUGCACAGCUGGUCAUAGCAUAGAGGACGGUGAUACGCCCGCAAAGGGUCUGCGUUUAAAGGGACUGGGUCAAACUUGACUGCAUGCUGGAUUUUUCGGUUUUGAGGAGGUCACUUGCAUGUCCAAACUCGCCCGGCGUAGUAAACGCACACUGGGACUGACGAACGAUGGCGGAGUGUGGAAGGAAGGGACUGUCGCUCCUCGAGAAAGCGCGUUCUCGCUAUGAGAGCCUGCAGAUUUCCGACGAUGUGUUUGGGGAGUCCGGAGACGACAGCAGUGAAAACCCAUUUUAUAGUACAACGGGCGACUCGAAUUCGGACAACUACACGGAGUCAAAUGCAGACGAUGCCCGAGCGCGUGAAACUAGGAGUAGUCAGAGCUGCGGUCCCCCUGGGUCCGUCUCCAACGGCCAAGCGCAGGAGGAAGGAUGGACCGACGCACUACAGGACAUCAUCAUUCCCCACUAUCAGGACACACAUGGUCCGACACAGAAAAUGCCGGCUACAGCCACUGCAAUAGAUUUCUUCCAGCUGUUUGUUCCCGAUAACGUCAUCCAGAACAUGGUGAUCCAGACAAACAUGUAUGCCAAGAAGUACCAGGAGCGUUUCGGAAGCGAAGAAGGAUGGACCAACGUGACACUGGCCGAGAUGAAAGCCUUCCUGGGCUACGUGACUUCGACUGGCGUGAACCGCUGUGAGUCAGUGCUGAGCAUCUGGAGCAGUGGAUUCUUCAGCAACCGCAGCAUCGCGCUCAAAAUGAGCCAGGCACGCUUCGAGAAGAUCCUCAAGUACUUUCACAUCGUAGCCUUCCGCUCCAGUCAAGGUGGCAGUCAUGGCCUCUAUAAGAUCCAACCCUUUCUGGCCUCACUGCAACAGAGCUUCAGCUCCAGCUUCCGGCCAUCACAGACACAGGUACUCCAUGAGCCCUUGAUUGAUGAAGAUCCAGUGUUUAUUACCACAUGUACAGAGAGGGAGCUGCGCAAGAGGAAGAAGAGAAAGUUCAGCCUGUGGGUGCGACAGUGCAGCUCCACUGGUUUCAUCUGUCAGAUCUAUGUGCAUCUCAAGGAGGGUCCGGGUCCAGAUGGGUUGGACACACUAAAGAAUAAACCUCAGCUUCACAGUCUGGUGGCCAAACAGCUCUGUCAGAACCUGUCCGGCUGUAAUGCGAUCAUCUUUACUGGACCAAGCAUCACAAGUCUAAACUUGUUUCAGGAAUUUGAAAAACAAGGGAUCUACUGCUGCGGCUUGCUGAGCACCAGGAAGAGCGAUUGCACAGGUCUUCCUCAGUCUAUGCUGAUGAACACAGAGAGCCCACAGCAGCGCGGUCAGUCUCGCAUUAAAAUGAGAGGAAACAUGUCCAUAAUCAACUGGUACAACAAAGGCAACUUCAGGUUUCUCACUAAUGCCUACUCUCCGACCAAAGAAGGGGUGAUCAUUAAGAGGAAGAGUGGAGAAAUCCUUUGUCCCCUCGCUGUCGAGGCUUUCGCUGCACAUCUGAGUUACAUCUGCAAAUAUGAUGACAAAUACAGCAAGUACUUCAUUUUCCACAAGCCCAAUAAGACCUGGCAGCAGGUGUUUUGGCUGACCAUCAGCAUUGCCAUCAACAACGCUUACAUCCUUUACAAGAUGUCAGACGCCUACCACGUCAAACGCUACAGCCGGGCGCAGUUCGGUGAAAGGUUGGUCAAAGAGCUCCUGGACAUGGACGACUGCUCACCCACACAGUGAAGAAGUCACAUGCUGUCUCAUAAGAACACAAAAACCCACACUUACAUUAUUAAACACACACACACACAUCCUCAAGUUGUGUACUUCAGGGUUGUGUUUACUGUACACCCCAAUAUGUAAUAAAUACAUGUGCCAAGUUUGGUUAAAAUUCGAUGUUGCAAAUUCACAUUUCAGACACCGUGCUUCUGGAUUGUUAAAUAUCAGUGUACUGUACAUAAAUCACUACAGUCUCUGUAACACUUGCUGCAUGAGAAACAUGAAACGUGUAGAUGUGCAAUGAUUUUUCUCAAUAGAGUAAUAGUAGUGUUGAUGUAGUUUUGAACCCUGAGGUACGAUGUUUUGUGAUUUAGCUCUGUUUGUGGACACCAUAUCCAAGGCACUGACACACAUACUGUAUAUAUUUGGUGAUUGAGGGGUUUUAUCAACAAAAUGAGUGUACAUUCAUGUCAAAAGGGAGAUUUCCCAAAUAUCUGGGCAGUUUUCUAUUUUAUAUCACUUAAUAUUUAUAAGUUAUAUGUAUGUAUUAAUUUAUUAGUACUUUUUUAACCAGGCUAUAAGAUUAGUGGUUUAAACACUGCUGCAGGCGUUAUAUAAUAAAGCCACACAGAUAAUGAGAACUAUGCUUUCCCAAUACUUUUUGCACUUAGAUGUAGCUAAGAUGCAGAUUUGCUGGAUUCAUUUAAAACUGGUAUUUGGGUAGUUGACUAAUAUGCAAAUUUUGGGAAAAAAUGAAGUUAGAUCUCUUUUAUUUAUAUCAUAUAAAAUAGCAUAUGAUAUUUUUUAUGAUAAUAAUAUAAAUGCCUCAUUCAUUCAUAAAACAAUGUAAUAUUAACAGUUUGCUUUCUAACUUUUGCUGUCACACUAUUGGACACACGUACAAUUAUCAUCAGAUUUACAUUCUGUGACAUAACAUGCCAACAUGGAUAGUUCACCCAAAAAUCAAGAUUCUGUCAUCAUCAUCCUACAAUAGUUCCAAACCUGUAUAAAUGUCUUUGUUCUGGUGAACACAAAGUCAGAUAUUUGUAAGAAUGUCAGUAACCAAGGAAUCUCACCCCGCAUAUACUGCCAUGGUAGGGAAUAUAAAUACUAUGGGAGUCAAUGGGGGAUGAGAUCUAUCUGGUUACUGACAUACUAAAUAUCUUCCUUUGUGUUUAGUAGAACAAAUAAAUGUAUACAGGUUUGGAACAAAAAAUGAAAUGAAGACAGAAUUUGCAUUUAUGGGUGAACUGCCGUUUUAACUCUUUUUUUUUUUUUUUACUCUAAUGGCUUUCAUUAUUGAUAUCUUGUUUAUAUGGUUGGCAAAAAAAAGAUAUACAAGUCUUAUUUUUCCUUUAAAGAAAAGGCCCGAUAUAGAAUACCAAAAAGAAUGUACAUAUGACUUCUAAUAAUUUAUAUAUUUUAAUAUGUGUGUAAUAAUGUGCAUAAAAAAAUGGGGAAGUGCUGUGUUUAAGAAUGAUUCAAAAAACGAAUGAUAACGAGAGAUAAAACGAUUAACUAGAAUGUCUUUCUACUUUUAACAGGUUGUAUUUUAUGAGGUUGCCAGAUCAGUCAAAAAUGAUCAUUCUGUACAUUGCUUUAUUUUAACUGAAGUGAUGGCAUGUUACAAUCACAGCUGUUUAUCCAUGGCAUCAUUUAUCCUUUCAAAGAACAGAAACUGAAUGAAUUCACAAUGAUUUAUUUUGAUAAUUUCCCUCAGGUUAUAACUUUAAUCAACCGUCUCCCCUCUUUAUCACUGUGCUGUAUUCAUACUGGAUAAUAAACACUGUAAGGGACAGAUGUACAUAGCUAGCGGAUUUGUGUCACAGACGUUUGGGAAAUGAACCCACAAUAGAUGAAAUUAAACAUUUCCAUUGCUUCCCCUGUUGUUAACUGUGUGCACCUGCUGUCAUUCUUUGUGGGGAUGCAGAGGAACACUGAACACUAACAACCCAAUUAACAUGUAUUUCAAUAAGUUUGUCAAAGAGACGACUCCUUAAAGCUUCAUACCGAGUGUGUACUCUAAAAGGUCAACAACUGCUGAAAGGAUAUAAAUGCCAUAUUUUUUACCUGUAUCUUUUGUUUUUAAUCAAGACGAAAGCAAUGUUUUAUCUUUCCAGAAAAUGUGUUAUGAAUGUCAUAAACAUUGUCACCAUAACUUUGGUUGCACAUCAUUGUAAGAUUUUUGUACAUGUGAUCUAAACUACGGCCAAUAAUCGAUAAUUGCCACCUGUGUUUAUGUACAGUAGUCUAAUAGGAAACAAAAGCACCUUUUGUUUUUAUGUACCACACUCCAUCUUUAAGUAAAUCAUUUAAUCGAAAGUGAAGAGGAUGAUAGAUUGAAGUGAUGGUUUAAACUGUAUGACCCUACCAUAACCCUAUCUUGGGUGACCAUAGGGUUUUGUAAAUACAAGUUAUACUGUUGUGCAAUAGUAAGAGAAAGAUUUGGGUGCUAUGAACAUCUCUGCCAAGAACAUGUGAGCCAGUGAAAACAGCAAACUAAUGAAAGUUCCUACUGGUGCAGUACAUAAAUAGCCCUUCCAAAAGACAACGCUACUGUACCGGCCGCUAAUGUUAUACAGUAUGAUAUAGGGCCAGCUUUGAAUGGCAUUAUAGCAAUUAAACAAAACUGACCUUUUAAUAAAAGAAAACAGCUGUGGCUAUUAUAAAACAUGUGUUCAUUUAAAUGCUCAUUUAACGGACCAAAAUCGUCAAUAACAACCUAACAGGAACCCUGCUGGACGUGUAUCUAUUCAUGUAUGAAUGUUGUGAAUGUGCGGUGUCCUGCUGUACAGUAUAAUGCUUGUUGUAACUUCACUGUGAAUGCUGAAAAAAGGUGUACGGAAGGGUAUCUGUCUGUCCGUGUGAUGAUGUGUAAUCUGUCAUUUUUACUAUCGCUGUCCGGUCACCAAACUGAUGUAUACCCCAGCUCUCUGCCUCCGUGCGAGUUUACACCUAUUUGCACACUAAUAAAUGUUGUUUAUAAAGAUUUUUCUGCACUACUUGGUUGCAACAUUUAUAUGGAAUUCUACAUGCAAAAUGUACAUUGUAAAAAAAAUAACGGCAGGGGCGCCAAAAUAUUCUGCAAAAUAACAGUUCUUUCUUGUAAAAGUACAUGGUUUUCCUGUUUUUCUUGUAAAUUUACGGUCUUUUUCUGUAAUGUGAAAUGUCUUGAUCAUAUUUCCAAAAAUACUGUAAAAAAAUUAUGGAAUAAAAUGAACAUUUUCCAGCAGCUGGGGUACCAGAAAUAUACCAUAAAAAACAUUUUCCCCCAUAAAAUGACCGUAUUUCUAAAAUACGCAAAACAUCUGUUAAUAACAUUAAACAGUAAAAAAACUGUUAACAGUAACAUUUGUGAAAAAUCUGUAAUAACUCCAAUAUUUGUGAAAAUACAACAUUGUAUAUUGAAUGGCGCUUUGUCAGCAUUACAAUUCAAUUAUUCUGUUGGAAAUUACACUGAAU